AUGUCCUCUUCACCAGAAACCAGUAAUCAUGCCACCACCCGCGAGGCACUGCUCAAAGCCUCCACACCCCCCAGCAAACACCUCUUUAGCACCCUCAUCACCGCCAACCACAUCCUCCACCACCACAAUGUCGUCGACGCAUACGGCCACAUUUCCGUCCGCAACCCCCAAAACCCCAACACCUUCUUCAUGUCCAAAUCCCUCGCCCCCGCUCUCAUCUCGUCCCGCGCAGACAUUGAAGAAUACCACGUGUCCGACGCCUCACCCGUAAAUCCCAAUGCCCCCAAGGGCUACCAAGAACGUUUCAUCCAUUCGGAAAUCUACAAACGCUACUCCGACGUCCACAGUGUCGUGCACGCGCACAAUGAAGCCGUUUUACCCUUCAGCAUUGGCAGCGUGCCUUUGAAACCCGUCUAUCAUAUGGCCGGCGUCAUAGGCACACAUGUUCCCGUGUUUGAGAUUUCAAACCACUACAAACCAUCCGAUCAUCUGCAUUCUUUUCUGGUGAAUAACGAACAUCUCGGAGCGGGCUUAGCAGCAGGAUUUCACCCGACGACGUCGCAGUUUGCAAAAGUCGGCGGCCUGAUUAAGAAUUAUAUCACUGCUGCUGCUUCUUCACCGCCGGCGGAGCCUGCGUUUCCGCCUUGUCCUGUGGUACUAAUGCGAGGACAUGGGUUUACGAAUGUGGGUGCAACGAUUGAAGACGCGGUAUUCCGGGCAAUUUUUACGUGUAAGAAUGCGCAGAUUCAGGCAACGAGUCUGUUGAUGCAGAGCACGUUUAAUCUGGGAGCCAUUGCGAGGCAGUUUGGAGCUAAGCAGGAGAGUACUGAGCAGGCUCCGCAAGAGGGAAUCAAGUUCUUGAGUGAGCGAGAGGCGGGAGAUAGUUGGACGCAGAUGCAGGGGACUGUAGAGAGGCCUUGGGGGUUGUGGUGUGAAGAGGUGAGGAGUGUGGGUUUAUAUCGAAAUGAGGUGAGAGAUGGGAGUGAAUCAUGAUGAAAAGUACCAGUAGAGUGAAAGACCAAAAAGCAAUGUAUUCAUCAAAUCUUCUUUCUG